AUGAAUCCACAACAACAUCAACAACAAGAAACAACUUCACAAGUUGCAAAACCAACCUCCGAACAAUGGCAACGAAUGCUCGCAGGUGAAAUGUACAAUGCCAUGGAUCCUUCUCUCGUACAGGCUCGUCGUCAAUGUCGUCAAGAAUUCUUACAUCCCUUCAACAACCUUUCGGAACAACAAGAAUCUCCUUCUGAAUUCCGAGAAGCGCUUUGUCGAACAUUUAUGGGCCAUCACGGUGAGAAUUCUUACAUUGAACCUCCAUUCCGAUGCGAUUAUGGCUCGAAUAUUUAUUAUGGAAAAAACUUUUAUGCCAAUUUUAAUUGUUGCAUGUUGGAUGUGUGUGAAAUUCGAAUCGGAGAGAAUGUCAUGUUUGGUCCAAAUGUUCAAAUUUAUACGGCUACUCAUCCCACAGAUCCAAUCGAACGAACACAAAGUGGAAUGGAGUAUGGAAAGCCCAUUACGAUUGGAGAUUAUGUUUGGAUUGGAGGUGGAGCGAUUGUCAAUCCGGGAGUGACCAUCGGAGAAGGAAGUACCAUCGGAAGUGGAUCGGUGGUGACACGAGAUGUUCCGCCCUAUGUGGUGGCAGCUGGAAAUCCAUGUCGAGUGAUUAAACAGUUGGAAAGACCCAAAAUUAAGGAAACAAUGGAAUGA